AUGGAAUUCGAAAAAUAAUUAAAUUAGCAUAAUGAUAAUUGCCAAAUACUUUGGAAAGACAUUAUUAUAAUAUUGCUGAAGAGAUUUUAAUCAUUUUAAUUGUAAUAGCUUGAUCCCAGCAAUUCAUUGGGAUUAGAAGUCAAGUCCAUAUCGUUAGGGUAUGAUUAGAAGACUUUACUUAUAUCAACUAAUGCUGGAGAUAUUGUUGAAUUAGUUACUAAAGAUGCCAAAAUCAAUAUUAACUCCAAAUUUGCUGUUUCUAAAACCUUAAUGAAAUCUCAUUGUUCUCCAAAUAAGCGAUCUUUGAAUGAAAUUUGGGGUUUGGCUAUUAAUCCACAAGAUUCUGAUCAAUACUAUACUUGUGGAGAUGAUGGAACUCUAAGAUCUUGGUCUAUCAGUCAAAAGAAAAUGCUCAAUUGCAUCAAAACCAAUCUUGAUGUUAAUGGAGCAGAAAUCAAACAAGAUGAAGUUGGUGAAUUGCCUGAUAAUACAAAAGGUAGAUGUAUAGCUGUUUCUUUGGAUGGUAUUUCAAUAUGCGUAGGAUUUAAGGAUGGAACAUUUAGGAUAUAUGAUAAAGAAUUCAAAUAAAAAUAUGUUAAUAGAUUAGCCAAAGAGUGGAUUAGUGAUAUCAAAUUCAGUCAUGAUCAAUCUUGGAUUGCAAUUGGAUCUCAUGAUAAUUCCAUAUAUAUCUACAGUUUCCCAGAUAUGAAACAACGUUACAAACCACUCAAGAAACAUUCAAGCUACAUUACUCAUAUUGAUUUCUCCAUAGAUGGAAAUCAUCUUCAUAGCAAUUGCGGAGGAUAUGAACUAUUGUUUUGGGAACUUCAAACUGGUAAAUAAUUGCCAAAUGGAGCAAAUUAAUUAAGAGAUGAGAAAUGGUUGACUUGGACUACACCAUACGGAUGGCCAGUUUAAGGAAUAUGGCCAGAUAUCUAAGAUGGCAGUGAUAUCAAUGCUGCUGUCAGAUCAAAUAAGACAUAUAAUGAAAAGGAUAAACCCCCUGAUAAUUAUCAUUUGAUUGCAACUGGUGAUGAUAACUCAUAAAUCAAAGUAUUUAGAUAUCCUUGCGUUAAGAAAGAAUCAGCAUACAUCUUAGGAAAAGGACAUUCAUCUCAUAUUACCAACAUUGCUUGGUCAAUGGAAGAUCAUUACUUGUUUAGUAUUGGCGGAGAAGACAAUUCUAUAUUCUAAUGGAAAAUAAGUAAAUUGAGAUGAUUUAUUGUUAAAAUUAUCAAUAAAAUUAAUUAUUUAUA